UUGAGUGAGAGGCACCGAGGAGGGGGCCCUGGCCUGGGAGGGCGCUGCCCUGGCUCCGGUUCUCCGACCCUGGCAGCGGGCUACUCGGGCCGCCGAGGCUUCAAGCCGUGGCCUCUCGGGCGGCAUCGCCCUCCUGCCGCCGUGACUUAGCAGGAAAAGUAUUCUUGGGUGGGAAGGGCGUGGAUAGCAGGUCGCUCUGUGAUCUUGGGGAAAGGGCUUAGCUCUCCUGGGCCGCGGAAGCGAACCCGCAGUCCCCACCCCUCCGCGGCUGGCGACUCGCCGCCGGGGCUCCAGCUGCUACCAGGCCUUCUAGGCGUCCGGUUCUCCACCUGUCCUUAGGUUGGGGGUCGACCUGGGGAGGAUGGCCCGUCGCGCAGGCCCUCGGCCCCCCGGUGCGGUGGUGGUCCAGCCGCUGCACUCAGUAAAGAUCUGCAGCAUCCACCCACCGAAUCGGGCAGGAUUUUCCUUUCUGCUACUGACUCCUGACACGGGAGUUGUCUUUUGACGUUGCUAACACUGAGCCCCCAGGUUCUCUACCAUUCCCUUCAAACCAUCUCCACUCCAUUAGGAAACGCCGUGAUUAUUUACUCUCUCUAGCCUCCCAGGUGGAAUGAACCUUACUUGUUGACUGGUUGCUGAUUGGAUUCACUUGAAAAAAAGAAUCAUUUUUCCCUCUGUGGAAGCCACAUAGUGGCAUAUUUAAUUCAAAUCCAGGGAUCAGAACUUUCGAUUUUUCUGGAGGGACAUACCACUAUAUCAAUUAAGCUUGACAUUACAGCCAAAAUGGUGCUGUCCCAGAGACAACGAGAUGAACUAAAUCGAGCUAUAGCAGAUUAUCUUCGUUCAAAUGGCUAUGAAGAGGCAUAUUCCGUUUUUAAAAAGGAAGCUGAACUAGAUAUGAAUGAAGAAUUAGAUAAGAAGUAUGCUGGUCUUUUGGAAAAAAAAUGGACAUCUGUUAUUAGAUUACAAAAAAAGGUAAUGGAAUUAGAAUCAAAACUAAAUGAAGCAAAAGAAGAAUUUACGUCGGGUGGUCCUCUUGGUCAGAAACGAGACCCAAAAGAAUGGAUUCCCCGCCCACCUGAGAAAUACGCAUUGAGUGGUCAUAGAAGUCCAGUUACUCGAGUCAUUUUCCAUCCCGUGUUCAGUGUUAUGGUCUCUGCUUCAGAGGAUGCUACAAUUAAGGUGUGGGAUUAUGAGACUGGAGAUUUUGAGCGAACUCUCAAGGGCCAUACAGACUCUGUACAGGACAUUUCCUUUGACCACAGUGGCAAGCUUCUUGCUUCCUGUUCUGCAGAUAUGACGAUUAAAUUAUGGGAUUUUCAGGGUUUUGAAUGCAUCAGAACCAUGCACGGCCAUGACCACAAUGUCUCUUCAGUAGCCAUCAUGCCUAAUGGAGAUCAUAUAGUGUCUGCCUCAAGGGAUAAAACUAUAAAAAUGUGGGAAGUGCAAACUGGCUACUGUGUGAAGACAUUCACAGGACACAGAGAAUGGGUACGUAUGGUGCGGCCAAAUCAGGAUGGCACUCUGAUAGCCAGCUGUUCCAAUGACCAGACUGUGCGUGUGUGGGUUGUAGCAACAAAGGAAUGCAAGGCUGAGCUCCGAGAACAUGAACAUGUGGUAGAAUGCAUUUCCUGGGCUCCAGAAAGUUCAUAUUCUUCCAUCUCUGAAGCAACAGGAUCUGAGACUAAAAAAAGUGGCAAGCCUGGACCCUUCUUGCUAUCUGGUUCCAGAGACAAAACUAUCAAGAUGUGGGACGUCAGUACUGGCAUGUGCCUUAUGACUCUUGUGGGUCAUGAUAAUUGGGUACGUGGAGUUCUGUUCCAUUCUGGGGGGAAGUUUAUUUUGAGUUGUGCUGAUGACAAGACCCUCCGUGUAUGGGAUUACAAGAACAAGCGAUGCAUGAAGACCCUCAAUGCGCAUGAACACUUUGUUACCUCCUUGGAUUUCCAUAAGACGGCACCAUAUGUGGUCACUGGCAGUGUAGAUCAAACAGUAAAGGUGUGGGAGUGCCGUUGAUUGAGUCACAUUUGGUUCUUCCUCCCUUUUCCCUCUGGAUGCACUCUGAUGAUACCAUGGUUACCCCAUUUGAGCUCUGUUUAAAUAAAUAUUGUCCUUUCAUGUAAAUUA